AUGUAUUGGAGUAAAUCUCAAUUUCAGCCACAAGGAAAGGUUUCCCUUAUUAUAGGAGCAUCCCAAGGAGUAGGUGCAGACCUUGCUCUUCGAUUGUAUGAGAAAGGAGGUAUAGUUAUCUUGGUCGCAAGAACCGAGUCCAAGUUAAAGGAACAAGUGAAUCGUAUUGUCAAGAUCGCUGGUGAGCAGACCAACAGUAAGGGCGAGAAAAACAUUGAAUACUACGUUUGUGAUGUUGCAAACUACGACUCAUGCCAUCAAAUGUGGUCACAUUUGAUUCACUCACGGAAUAUGGACCCAGACUUCAUAUUCUGUUGUGCUGGAACGUCUGUUCCCAAACUAUUUGCCGAUCUCACAGGGAAGGAAUUAGCCAACGGGGUUAAUAUAAAUUACAUGACGGCCUUGAACACUGUUCAUGCUGGGUUCAAGAGUGUGGUUGAAAAACAUAAAGAUUUGAAGCCACAAGAAUUCAAGAAGAGACAUAUAAUCUUGUUCUCUUCUGUUUUGGCCUCGUAUUCAUUUACUGGAUAUGCACAGUAUGCUCCAAUGAAGGCUGCGCUCGUGUCACUUUCCAAUUUGUUGAGACAAGAAAUGGGAGCUUUCAAUUACAGAGUGACAUGCGUGUAUCCCGGAAACUUCGAGAGUGAAGGAUACUUCGAGGAAGAGAAAACGAAACCCGCAAUUACGAAGAAGAUCGAAGGAGCCAGUAAACCCAUUUCUUCGCUUCACUGUUGCGACAUCAUCUUGGACCAACUAAGCAAGGGAUAUGACUCCAUCUACACAGAUUUCAUUGGCUGGGUUCUUGGCUGUUCAUCAUUGAAUGUUAAUCCUCGGAAUUGGGGCCUUUUCCAAGUCAUAGUUGCAUUUAUAUUCCUGAUCAUUGCCCCGGUAGCGGAAAGUAUCGUGUCACUGGAUGUGAAGAAAUUCUUUCAGGAGAAGAAAGAACCCUCCGACGAACAGAGUAAUUAG